AUGUCCUUCAACCGCCAGAGACAUAGAAAGCGGUACCCAUCUGGCACUCUCUCGAGCCACAAUGAGUUUCUGGGAUCAAGGCCGUCACUGUAUCGACUGCCUCAUUAUGAGUCCAAACGAAGUUCACGUGGGCUUGGGUAUGGCGAUGGGAAUCACGACAGAAGAGCUUCCUCAGACUACAACCCUACGCCGGAGCUGUCAGUGCAGACAUCCCCGACAGAGGCCAGGAAAAGACUCAACGGAAACGGGAUUACGCUGAGCGGCAAGGGAACAGGUGUAAAUUCUGUUUCUACUCCUCCGUAUAGCUCUUCCGAGCUGAUUGGCGAGACGAAGCUCUCAGGCACCAACGCUGCAACUGGUGAAAACCCAGUCGAUAACAGAUUCGAGCAAUGUUUCCAUCACAUAUCCCACUUGAGCCUGCGACCUUUUCGUACCCCGGUGGAUAUUCUAAAGAACUACCGUGUUGUGUAUGAUCCGGAGCUCGAUGCGUCUCUCCCGAAAGCUGAAAAGAAACUGGCAUCAAGAAAACUACGCUUUCAGACAGAACACCACGAGAGCCCGCCUUCAGACCCUCGUGUGAAGAUGGGCAUCCAUAAUUACUUCUCCAAGCCUAAUAAGGCCUCAAAAAAGCUACAGUUCAAACACCUACCCCAGCCUAGGUUCGUCUACGACAAAAACUCCCUAGGGCUGCCGCCUUUGACAGAGUUGGUGGUUUGGGAUCUCCCAAGUACAACGACAGAAGUCUAUUUUUCAAACUUUUUUGAAUCUUUCGGCUCCAAGGUUAAGGAUGUGAAGUUUUUGAAUGACUCCACCAAUGCGGUUCCCCUUGGUGUGGCGACGUUCUCCUUCCAAGGUUCUCCAGAGAAGGCCUCGAGAAUUGCAAAGUCUACGUUGAAACGUAUACGACAAGAAGCUCCAAAGAUUGACGGUGUGGAGUUGAAGAUUGGCCUUAAUGACGCAGAUGGCCGCCUUCUUGACACCAGAAUCAAGGUAGCAAAAGGACAACUCCAAGUGGAAAGACUCAAAAGAGAAAAAGCGGAGAAAAAGCUCCAAGAAAUAAAGAGGAGAAUAGAGAAAAGGGAAGCAAAGCAGGAGAAAGCCAAAGAACAGGCACUGGGCAAAUCUCCAGACACAGAAAAGUUCAGGUCCCCUCAAGAUACCCUGCUUCCCAGCAAUAAUACUACUACUAAAUCCAAGAUCCACAGAAAUCGUGUUGUGGAAGGUUGCGAAAUCCCAGGAGAACUCGUGAAGUAUGUGAAGAAUAGACCAUUCUUAUUUAUUGCGGACGGGUUUGUUCCCGUCAACAAAAUCUCUUCUCAGGACGUGAAGAAGACGUUAAUGAAAUACGACUGGACUCGAGUAUUGGUUGACAAAAAGGGAUUUUAUGUUGUCUUCAACUCGCUCAAGGAGUGUUGCCGUUGUUACAAGUACGAGGACGGCUUGAGAUUCUUUGAGUACCGUAUGUUCAUGGAACUUUGUGUUCCCAAGGACUUCGACCCCGAGAAAACAGCAUCCAGAGUCGAUAGCAGCCAUGAAACCGGUCAUGAUAUUAUUGAUGAGGCUACGAAUAUGCUUAUCAAAGAAUUCCAGACGUUCCUAGGCAAAGACAUCAGAGAGAGAAUCAUUGCUCCCACCAUACUUGAGUUACUUUCGCCUUCGAACUACCCUGAGCUAAUGGCCGAUCUAAAGAAGAAGCAAGAGGAAGAAGAGAUUGCGAAUAAGAGAAAAAAGGAGGAAGAACUCAAGAAGGCUGGAACUCUUUCGUUUCUCCAGCAGAAGCGAAUCGACGAUAAGAAAAGUGACCCUAAUAAUGACCGUGUAUUGAUGCUUCCAAGCUUUACCAAAAAGAUAGGUGUCUCUUCAGCUAAGAAAGGCAAGAAGAUCAAAAGUAUGUUACCAAUGCAACAUGCAUUGAACUUCGCUGAUCAGGAUUCUGACGCUUCGGAUGAAGAGGAGUCAAGCCGGUCUGUGACUCCCGCUCCAUCCUUGAAGAGGGAAAUGUCGCUGGCAAUCACGUCGCAAGAAGACGAGGCUCCAUCAAAAAGACAAAAGAAGUCCAAACUUCGUGAAACCUUUAUGUAUGAGGAAUCAUCAGAAGAAGAAGAUGAAGAGGAGGAAGAGCAAGAAGUCAGCGCUGAAGCAAUGGAUGUUGAAGAGAGACUCGAGCCCGAAGUCGAGCAAAAGGUGGACGAAAUUUAUGCUUCAACAGAGACAAGUGGGCCCAUUCCAGUACUUGAAGAAGUUGAGCAACAAGCAGGGAGCCUAUUUGACUUACACAGAUUGGAGAAUAUUGUCCGGGAUGACGAGGACAUGGAAUUGGCUCGCAAAGUUCUUGCGGAUGUCAAACCAGCACAAAUUAAACAUCCUGAGUACUGGGCAUGGAAACAGAAGGAGCUGUCGAAAGCAAUCGUGUCUGAAGAAGAGUCCAUUGGUGUACUUAGUGAGCAUUUGGAGAGCUCUACUGGCUCAUUCAAGAGUGAAGGAUUCAGGAAAAUCGCAGAUGCAGACAAGAUUGAGUAUCUUCCGUACCGCAGAAAGAUUCACAAACCCCUCAAAACGGUGCAGCAUGACGAAGAGGAUCAUAACAAUAAUGGUACUGUCAAUAGCGGAACACAGAGCUCUCGUGUGAACCGUGCUAAUAACAGAAGAUUUGCUGCCGACAUUAGUGCACAGAAGCAGAUCCUCAGUACUGAGUCAGACAUUCUCAAUUUGAACGCGUUGAAUAAACGAAAAAAGCCUGUGUCUUUUGCCAGAUCAGCCAUUCACAACUGGGGUCUCUUCGCGUUGGAGCCUAUUGCAGCGAAAGAAAUGAUCAUCGAAUACGUGGGAGAGAGUAUCAGACAGCAGGUCGCGGAGCACCGCGAGAAGAGUUACUUGAGAACAGGUAUCGGGUCCUCUUACCUUUUUAGAAUCGACGAGAAUGUUGUCAUUGAUGCCACCAAAAAAGGAGGAAUUGCAAGAUUCAUCAACCACUGUUGCAAUCCUAGCUGCACGGCAAAGAUUAUCAAGGUGGACGGCAAGAAAAGAAUUGUCAUCUAUGCCUUGAGAGAUAUUGAAGCCAACGAGGAACUCACUUACGACUACAAGUUUGAGCGUGAAACCAACGAUGCAGAGAGAAUUCGUUGCUUAUGUGGGGCGCCCGGAUGCAAGGGCUACUUGAACUAA